GCAACCGUAGCAAUAGGACGUGUAUUGGUAGUAAAUUCCAAGGACCGCUGAGCAGAACUUGUUCCGUGUUAUUAUUUUAUUGUGAAGUUGGGAAUUCCUUAGAAGAAAGUUGUGGUUUCGUGACGUUUUUAUGGUAGACGAUUCAGUGAUAUAAGCAACGCGGAGCCCGUGAAAUAUGAACAUAAUAUGGUACGGCGUAGUAAUCCUGACAAUAUUGGAAAGAGGCGUAAAUGGACACGGCAGACUUAUUGAACCACCGUCGAGAGCCUCCGCCUGGAGAUUCGGCUUCGACACACCGCAUAAUUACAACGACCACGAGUUGUACUGCGGUGGCUUCACCAGACAGUGGAACAAAAACAACGGGAAAUGCGGCGUCUGCGGCGACGCCUGGGAUAGCCCGAAGCCUCGCCCCCACGAACUGGGUGGCCGAUUUGGCAAAGGCGUCAUCGUCCGCAAAUACGCUCCACAAGACAGCAUCGUCAUUAAAGUCCAGUUGACCGCAAACCACAACGGAUACUUCCAAUUCAGAAUUUGCGACAACUCCAGCGUCAGCGAUCAAGAAUGCAUGGACAAAUACGUCCUAUCUUUAGAAGGCAGAGAAGAUACGAAAUACUACCCCAAAGAAGGGAACAAGGUGUACGAAAUGAAGUACCAGCUACCCGAAGGUUUGAACUGCACGCAUUGUGUUUUACAAUGGAAAUAUAUCGCUGGUAAUAAUUGGGGGACGUGUGAUAAUGGUACAGGAGCGGUUGGAUGUGGGCCACAAGAAGAGUUUCGAGCUUGUGCGGAUAUAGCCAUCGAAGGUCGCUUCACGACCACGACUAAAGGCCCAAGGCCAACGUACGUUUAUCCAAGCAGGAAGCCAGCGACACCAGCACCGGAAGCAUCUGCCGGAAGUACCUGGUACUACGGUCUUGUCAUUGCCAUUAUCACGCUAUUCGUUGCAGUGGCGGUGUUGGCGGGCCUGUAUCUCUAUUACUACAGAGGUGGCAUGAAAAUAAAGGCUCUGUUGAAGUCCAAAGUCCCUAUGCCUGCACCAGUCCCUCCUCCCAGGCAUAAAAGAACAUCUCUAUCAAGAGAAACGCCUCCAGAGAUAUCCGCUCCGAAACUAAUUACUGAAUCGGGCUUCGAAACCGUAGAUCUGAGGGCGAAAUGAUGGCAAAGCCUACCUGUAAGUGUAACCGACACUGCCUUUUUAGUCAUAAAUCUAGAUGUACUGUGUGAUUGAUUGGUUAAGUUUUUGUGGCUGGAAAAGGAAAACUUUUGAAUCUUACAAAAUAAUGAGCUAUUUAUUGACUGUAUGCACUAGAAUAUUUUAGUUAACUUCAUUGGUUUCAAUAACAAUUUAGAAAACAUUAAAUUAUUUUUAUUUAUACUCAAAAAUAAAUUGAGUUUUUUAGAAUUUAAUUAAUGCGUAGCUGCUGAAAAGAUAGGAAUCUAUUUAAACAUAGAUUUUCCCUAUCUACAUUUGAUUCAAAAAGUUUCCAGUGUGAUCUAAAAUGAUAUAAAUGAGAAUUUAGAUGGCUGAGGGCCUUCUUGUGUAAAUUAUAUUUAUGUUCUAAAUAAAAUAUUAAAAUGAA